ACACACGUGUGUAUCGCACGGCUGUUGCCCAGACUCCAAAUAUGUUUUCCCCAGUGACCAAAAUGCCCUUAUCUGAUAUUAAAAUGACCCGGCGCCCAUGGAUUAUUUCCGAUAGGCGAUAGCACCGAGAGACAGGGACAGAGCAGAGAGAGACAAGGAGUGAGACUGAGAGAGCGCAGAGAAGAGAGCGAACCGAUGAUCAAUGCUUGGCGGUUGCAGUCUUCGAAUCCGAUCAUCAGGACAAUUCACUGCAAUCGCUUCGCCGGAACCCUAGUCUCACGCCGUUCUUUCGAUCUCCGGUUGCCGGUUCGUCGUUUCUCCUCUCUUUCACUUCAAUCUGAAAAUGCGUCACGUGAGCCGUCAGUAUGUUCUUCUCCUCUCACUUCGUCCGUCGGGUAUUCACCUUCUGCACGUCAGCUCUCUCAGUGGAACCUCACGCAGCGGCACAUCCUAAUGCUGAAUCUCAUUGCUUGUGUGGUGGCAGUUUCUGCAACCUGGCUUUUUUUCUCUGCAAUCCCGACUCUUCUGGCUUUCAAGAGAGCAUCAGAGUCACUGGAGAAGCUAUUGGAUGUCACAAGAGAAGAGCUGCCUGAUACAAUGGCUGCUGUUCGUUUAACUGGCAUGGAGAUCAGCGACCUAACGAUGGAGCUCAGUGAUUUGGGCCAGGAGAUAACCCAAGGUGUUCGAAACUCCACUCGAGCUGUGCGCUUAGCUGAGGAGAGAUUGCGCCGGUUGACAAACAUGGCUUCACCAGCAUCGGUGCAGCAGGUGGUCCAUCGUAAAACUGAAGCAGCAGAACCUGCAUUGGCUAGAUCAGCAAGGGGUAUGCGAGAGGGGAUUGUGAAGAGUCGUGCUAUUUUGCAGAUCUUCUUCACUGUGACCAGAUUUGCGAGGUUGGUCAUCAACUAUUUUUUCACUCGAACAAAGUGGUAAACCCAAAAAACUCAUGAGGUUGAUGCUGAGCGACAUAAAACAUGUACUGUGUACAUAGUUUUUUAGAGUUUUUUAACUAAAAGACUUCUCUCAAAUUUGUUGUCUGAAUUUAUUGUCCAAACGUUCAUUGGGCCAUGAGAUCCUCUAGAGGAAGUGAUAAUGUAAUGGGCGAAGGGCAAAAGUUAAAUUUUCUUAUUAUAUUUCUCAA